UGCUGCUGUUGCUGUUCUGACGUGUCCCUGCGGCCCCUGCGCUGAGCCGGUUUGGGGGGAUUCAUCAUGCUUGACUUUUUCACCAUCUUCAGUAAGGGGGGCAUCGUGCUCUGGUGCUUCCAAGGGGUGAAGGGCUCCUUCACCGGCCCCGUCAAUGCCCUCAUCCGCUCCGUCAUUCUACAGGAGAGAGGAGGGAAUAAUUGCUUCACCCACGACUCGCUGACUCUGAAACAUAAACUGGACAACCAGUUCGAGCUGGUGUUUGUGGUUGGGUAUCAGAAGAUUUUAACCCUGACGUACGUCGAUAAACUGAUAGACGAUGUUCACCGAGAAUUCCGCGAUAAAUAUCGCAAUCAGAUCCAGCAGAACGGGGCUCUGGGGCUGCUCAGCGGGACCUUCGACUUUCACGAUGAUUUCAGCCUCCUUCUCAGGGCGGCGGAGAACUCCGGCAAAGUCCGUCCUCCUCCCGCCAUGAAAACCUUCGAACAGUCGCUGAAGUCGCAGAAGACGGUGAAGUCCAUGAUUGAGAAGCCCGGGGAGAAAGCAAAGGAGAACACCAAGAAGAGCAAGGCUUCCAAAAAAGAGAAUAUUGCCCCAGAAGCCGUUACCACGAAUAACAAACCCGCCAAGCAGAGCAUCGCAGCCGCGGGGGAGAAGGAGCAGCUCACACCGGAGGAGAUCAUGCAGCGCAAGCGAGAGGAGUUCUUCCGGAAGAAAAUGAAGGGAGGAGACAAGAUCAGCAAGUCUCCCAAGCCGGAGGCUCCAAAAGAGAAGGGAAAGCAGCCCCGAGUCUGGGUUCCCGGAGCCUCCAACACCAAAGAACUGGACUACAGUAAACACACCACCAACGGCGGCCCGGAGGAUCCAUCUCUGCCGGACGACGAUCGCGAGGCUCUGAGAUCCGCAGGCGGGGGGAUGCAGGGAAACCUGCCUGAUCUGGAAGUCGAGAGCAGCAGCGAGGAAGAGGAGGACGACGACGAAGAGGAGGAAGAGCAGCUGGUGGCCAAAUCCAAAACCUCUCCGGCCCCGAUAAAGGCCAGUGCGAAGAAGAGUGGCUUCGGGGGGAUGUUCGGGAUGUUAAAGGGGCUGGUGGGAGCCAAAAGCCUCACGCUGGACGAUAUGGAGCCGGUUCUAGAAAGGAUGAAGGAUCAUCUCAUAGCGAAGAACGUGGCAGCUGAUAUCGCGGUGCAGCUCUGUGAAUCAGUGGCCAAGAAGCUGGAAGGAAAAGUGAUGGGAACGUUCAGCACUGUGGCAUCUGCAGUGAAGCAGGCUUUGCAGGAGUCGCUGGUGCAGAUCCUGCAGCCGAAGCGCCGCGUGGACGUGCUGCGUGAUGUCAUGGAGGCGCAGCGACUUCGCCGUCCGUACGUCAUCACGUUCUGCGGGGUCAACGGUGUUGGGAAAUCAACAAACCUGGCCAAGAUCUCUUUCUGGCUGAUAGAGAACGGUUUCAGCGUGCUCAUUGCCGCGUGCGACACGUUCCGUGCCGGGGCGGUGGAGCAGCUACGGACUCACACUCGGCGCCUGAACUCGCUGCACCCUCCAGAGGACCACAAAGGGCGCACCAUGGUCCAGCUGUAUGAGAAGGGCUACGGGAAGGACGCCGCCGGCAUCGCCAUGGAAGCCAUAACGUACGCUCGGAACCAGUCCUUCGAUGUGGUUCUGGUGGACACCGCGGGGCGCAUGCAAGACAAUGCCCCCCUCAUGACUGCCCUGGCGAAGCUGAUCGCGGUGAACAUGCCCGACCUGGUGCUCUUUGUAGGGGAAGCUUUAGUCGGCAACGAAGCCGUGGAUCAGCUGGUGAAGUUUAACAAAGCUCUGGCCGAUCACUCCAUGGCAGACAAGCCGCGUCUCAUCGACGGGAUCGUCCUCACCAAGUUCGAUACCAUCGACGACAAGGUGGGCGCAGCUAUUUCCAUGACGUACAUCACCGGCCAGCCGAUAGUGUUCGUGGGGACGGGGCAGACGUACUGCGACCUGCGCAGCCUGAACGCCAAGGCCGUGGUAGCCGCUCUGAUGAAGGCUUAACGGUCGGCUGCUCUCUGCUGGAGUCGGUCCGGGGUUCUGCGCGUCGUCUUCUUGCAUCCGUUUACCGUCUAAGCCGCUCGUACCAACGGUCCAGCUUGUCCGUGAAGCAGCACCGGGAGUUACUGUCCCACCGAGCC